UGACUUCAGUUCAAAUUUAGAUCUUGUAGAGUGCGCAUCACCAGCUCUCUAAGUAGAGAUUUUACGUUUCGUUUUUCUUCAUACGUUUUGCUUAGUUAAUCUGAGUUUUUCAUCCUUGAGUUCUUUUUUCUUAAAUAUUAUAACAACAACAAAAAUAAAACAUUUAUAAUGUCUUCGGUUAAUUUGCAUCCACCACAAACCUAUUCAAGGCUUUUCCGUCCUUGGGAUUCGAAAUCGAGCGAUGAGGAUAGCAGUAGUGAUUGUAGUUCAAGUGUAGUGAAACAAGAAAAUAUAAGUUGCGAAAGCCCGGUUUCCAGCAGCAAUAAUCAAUCAAUUUAUGAGGAUGUGCCACAAAGUGAACAACAUGGUGCCUUUCCAGCCAGCAGCCCAAUAAGUUCUUAUACAUAUGAAAAUGCUCAAUUCGCUCCAGGAUUGCCGAGCGUUAGUGAUUUGUAUCAAUACCCGAGUGGAUUACCUUUGCCGUCGGCACCAUACGUCGGCAUGGACCCCUUUUCAAUGAGUCUAAUGGAGCAAGAAUACGCCCGUGUUAUGGCCGAAGACGCUCAUCUAAAAGCUUUGAAUUCCCGAAAACAACGACCAAAGAAAUUCAAAUGUCCCCAUUGUGAUGUCGCCUUCUCCAACAACGGCCAGCUUAAGGGACACAUUCGCAUUCAUACCGGCGAAAGACCUUUUAAAUGUGAUGUGGAAACUUGCGGUAAAACAUUUACAAGAAACGAAGAGUUAACACGCCACAAGAGAAUCCACACUGGUCUCAGGCCGUAUGCUUGUACUUCUUGUGGUAAAAAGUUCGGACGGAGAGAUCAUCUUAAGAAACACAUGAAAACCCAUUUGCCACAAGAGCGACAACUUGGACCUGCAAUAUUUGUGCCUAUGUAUCCAUAUUUGUAUGGAUACUAAACUGCAACAAUAGUCUGGAACUUUGUGUUUAUCAUAAACAUUCAUGUUUUAUUUUCAAAAUCAGAUAUUAUUUUAUUUAUGUAGUCUAUGAAAAUCACAAAAAGAUGAUGGUGUAUAUUUUGUAAAAGUAAAAAUGUAAAUAUGUUAAAUAUAAUUAAGUACAAAAGUGAUGGUAGAUGUUGUAAGCAAAUUAAUUAGGAACAAAUACAUAUACAACUUUUUAUAUAUUUACAAAUUUAA